GGACCUUUGCUGGUCUUGUCUCUGAGGCAGUGGGGACAAGCAGCAGUCUGCAGCCACAGGCACAGGUGGUCUCCCCCCAACUCAGGCAGCAGGAGUGAGACCUGAACCUCUCAAGUGAGCUCAGGGCUGGGAGUGAGGCAGAGGCUGGGAGCAGGAGGAGGUUCAUGGCAGCCUGUCCACUGUCAUGGUGCCAGCAGGUCAGGAGGUCAUGGGGGCUGAGUGCCUAAGCUGGGGGUUGCCGGAGGGGCAGGGGCUGGCACACUGGCAUGGGUUCUGGCUGGGGGUGUUGCCGCAGCGGAGGGACCCAGGAGUCAGGGAGUGGGAGCAGGGAGUGCUCUCCACCCUGGGCUGGCACGUCUGUGCUCUUGGUGUCCAGCCCCACAGCAGGGGCUUCUCUCUGUGCCCUCUGGUGGCCUCGGGAGCCGGGGCUGGUCUGGUACCCGCAGAGGGCCGGGGACCUGCCGUGUCUCCAUGCGGCCCUUGGGGUUCCCAACCUGCCGCCCGGGAGGUGGGAGGUGGCUGGUGCUCUGAGUGGCUUCUGUCUUCAGGGAGUGGGGAAGGCCAGGGCCAGAUCCUGCAGCGCUUCCCGGAGAAGGACUGGGAGGACAACCCAUUCCCCCAGGGCAUCGAGCUGUUUUGCCAGCCCAGCGGGUGGCAGCUGUGUCCUGAGAGGAACCCACCGACCUUCUUUGUUGCUGUCCUCACCGACAUCAACUCCGAGCGGCACUACUGCGCCUGCUUGACCUUCUGGGAGCCCGCGGAGCCCUCGCAGGAAGGGGUGUGCCCUGGGGACACCGAGAGGGCGGAGGAAGCCGACGAGGGAGUGCCACCGUCACCCGCAGCGGCUGGCUCGCCCGGCCAGCUCUUUGCUCCGAAGACGCUGGUCCUGGUGUCUCGACUGGACCACGCAGAGGUGUUCAGGAACAGCCUCGGUCUCAUCUACACCAUCCACGUGGAGGGCCUGAACGUGGGCCUGGAGAACGUGGUCGGGAGCCUGCUGACCUGCAUCAUCCCCCUGGCCGGGGGCUCACAGAGAACCAUCUCUUUGGGGGCUGGCGACCGGCAGGUCAUCCAGACCCCGCUCACCGACUCCCUGCCCAUCAGCCGCUGCAGUGUGGCCCUGCUCUUUCGCCAGCUGGGCAUCACCAACGUGCUGUCUCUGUUCUGUGCGGCACUCACGGAGCACAAGGUGCUCUUCCUGUCUCGCAGCUACCAGCGGCUCUCGGAUGCCUGCCGGGGACUCCUGGCGCUGCUCUUCCCUCUCAGAUACAGCUUCACCUACGUGCCCAUCCUGCCGGCGCAGCUCCUGGAGGUGCUCAGCACGCCCACGCCCUUCAUCAUCGGAGUCAACGCCGCCUUCCAGGCUGAGGCCCAGGAGCUGCUGGAUGUGAUUGUUGCUGACCUGGAUGGAGGGACAGUGACUGUCCCUGAGUGUGUGCACAUCCCACCCCUGCCAGAGCCGCUGCAGAGUCAGACGCACAGUGUUCUGAGCAUGGUCCUGGACCCUGAGCUGGAGCUGGCAGAUCUUGCCUUCCCGCCACCUACGAUGUCCAUUUCCUCCCUGAAGAUGCAGGAUAAGGAGCUGCGUGCUGUCUUUCUGCGGCUCUUUGCUCAGCUCCUGCAAGGCUACCGCUGGUGUCUGCACAUGGUCCGCAUCCACCCGGAGCCCGUCAUCCGCUUUCACAAGGCAGCCUUCCUGGGCCAGCGUGGGCUCGUAGAGGACGACUUCCUGAUGAAGGUGUUGGAGGGCAUGGCGUUUGCAGGCUUCGUGUCGGAGCGCGGGGUCCCCUACCGCCCUACGGACUUGUUUGAUGAGCUGGUGGCCCACGAGGUGGCACGGAUGCGGGCGGAUGAGAACCACCCCCAGCGGGUCCUGCGUCACGUCAAGGAACUGGCAGAGCAGCUCUACAAGAAUGAGAACCCAUACCCCGCUGUGGCUAUGCACAAGGUGCAGAGGCCGGGGGAGGCCAGCCACCUGCGUCGGGCGCCCCGGCCCUUCCCCCGGCUGGACGAGGGGCUGGUGCAGUGGAUUGUGGAUCAGGCCACGGCCAAGAUGCAGGGCGCACCGCCAGCCGUGAAGGCCGAGAAGAGGACCACCGUGCCCUCGGGGCCACCCAUGACCGCCAUUCUGGAGCGGAGCAGCGGGCUCCAUGGCAACAGCGCGCGCCGGCUGGAGGUGGUCCGCAACUGCAUCUCCUACGUGUUCGAGGGGAAGAUGCUUGAGGCCAAGAAGCUGCUUCCAGCUGUGCUGAGGGCCCUGAAAGGACGUGCGGCCCGCCGCUGCCUUGCCCAGGAGCUGCACCUCCACGUGCAGCAGAACCGGGCGGUCCUAGACCACCAGCAGUUCGACUUUGUUGUCCGGAUGAUGAACUGCUGCCUGCAGGACUGCACCUCCCUGGAUGAGCAUGGCAUCGCAGCUGCUCUGCUGCCUCUGGUCACAGCCUUCUGCCGGAAGCUGAGCCCGGGGGUGACACAGUUCGCCUACAGCUGCGUGCAGGAGCACGUCGUGUGGAGCACGCCGCAGUUCUGGGAGGCCAUGUUCUACGGGGACGUGCAGACCCACAUCCGGGCUCUCUACCUGGAGCCUGCCGAGGACCGAGACCCUUCCCAGGUCGGGGAGGCGCCUGCACAGGAGGACCAGCGCUCCGCCCUGGAUGUGGCGUCUGAGCAGCGGCGCCUGUGGCCCACCCUGAGCCGUGAGAAGCAGCAGGAGCUGGUGCAGAAGGAGGAGAGCACCGUGUUCAGCCAGGCCAUCCACUACGCCAACCGCAUGAGCUACCUGCUGCUUCCCCUGGACAGCAGCAAGAGCCGGCUGCUGCGGGAGCGUGCGGGGCUGGGCGACCUCGAGAGCGCCAGCAACAGCCUGGUCACCAACAGCAUGGCGGGCAGUGUGGCGGAGAGCUAUGACACAGAGAGUGGCUUUGAGGAUGCAGAGACCUGUGACGUGGCCGGGGCCGUGGUCCGCUUCAUCAACCGCUUUGUGGACAAGGUCUGCACAGAGAGUGGGGUCACCAGCGACCACCUCAAGGGGCUGCAUGUCAUGGUGCCAGACAUCGUCCAGAUGCACAUCGAGACCCUGGAGGCUGUGCACAGAGAGAGCAAGAGACUGCCCCCCAUCCAGAAGCCCAAACUGCUGCGGCCGCGCCUGCUGCCCGGUGAGGAGUGUGUGCUGGACGGCCUGCGCGUCUACCUGCUGCCGGACGGGCGCGAGGAGGGCGCAGGGGGCAGUGGGGGUGGCCCUGCGCUCCUCCCGGCUGAGGGCGCCGUCUUCCUGACCACGUACCGGGUCAUCUUCACGGGGAUGCCCACUGACCCUUUGGUGGGGGAACAGGUGGUGGUCCGCUCCUUCCCGGUGGCCGCACUGACCAAGGAGAAGCGCAUCAGUGUCCAGACCCCUGUGGACCAGCUCCUCCAGGACGGGCUGCAGCUGCGCUCCUGCACCUUCCAGCUGCUGAAGAUGGCCUUUGACGAGGAGGUGGGGUCCGACAGCGUUGAGCUCUUCCGCAAGCAGCUGCACAAGCUGCGCUACCCGCCGGACAUCAGGGGCACCUUCGCGCUCACCCUGGGUUCUGCUCACACGCCUGGCCGGCCGCCCCGUGCCACCAAGGACAAGGGUCCUUCCUUCAGGACCUUGUCCCGGAACCUGGUGAAGAAUGCCAAGAAGACCAUCGGGCGGCAGCACAUCACUCGGAAGAAGUACAACCCUCCGAGUUGGGAGCACCGGGGCCAGCCGGCCCCCGAGGACCAGGAGGAUGAGAUCUCAGUGUCAGAGGAGCUGGAGCCCAGCACGCUGACCCCUUCGUCAGCCCUGAAGCCCUCCGACCGCAUGACCAUGAGCAGCCUGGUGGAGCGCGCGUGCUGCCGGGAUUACCAGCGCCUGGGGCUGGGCACACUGAGCAGCAGCCUGAGCCGGGCCAAGUCCGAGCCCUUCCGCAUCUCCCCGGUCAACCGCAUGUACGCCAUCUGCCGCAGCUACCCCGGGCUACUGAUCGUCCCCCAGAGCGUCCAGGACAACGCCCUGCAACGAGUCUCCCGCUGCUACCGCCAGAACCGUUUCCCGGUGGUGUGCUGGCGCAGCGGGCGCUCCAAGGCUGUGCUGCUGCGCUCCGGGGGCCUGCAUGGCAAGGGGGUCGUCGGCCUCUUCAAGGCCCAGAACGCGCCAUCUCCAGGCCAGUCCCAGGCGGACUCCAGCAGCCUGGAGCAGGAGAAGUACCUGCAGGCCGUGGUCAGUUCCAUGCCCCGUUACGCAGAUGCCUCGGGACGCAACACCCUCAGCGGCUUCUCCUCGGCCCACCUGGGCAGCCAUGGCCGCGCCGUUCCAGCCUGUAGGGCCACUGCCGCUUGGCCAUCAGCCACCGGGGCUCUGCCUGCCUCUGAGCUCCCAGGCUGGGCCUCGCCACGCCUCAGGGGCACCUCCCGCUGCUGCGUUCUGGGCAGAGGCUGCUGGGUGGCCACGUGCCCUGAGCAGCUCAGGCAGUGUUCUGGGGCUGAGGGUGCAGUGCCCAGCCCCAGAGCCAGGGUCACCACGCUGUCCAACCCUAUGGCGGCCUCGGCCUCCAGACGGACCGCACCCCGAGGUAAAUGGGGCAGCGUCCGGGCCAGUGGGCGCAGUGCUGGGCUCGGCACUGACGUGGGCUCCCGGCUGGCAGGCAGAGACAUGCUGGGUCCCCCCCAGGCCAACGGGGCGCCCCCUGACCCAGGCUUUCUGCGGCCCCAGCGCGCCGCCCUCUACAUCAUCGGAGACAAAGCCCAGCUCAAGGGCGUGCGGCCAGACCCGCUGCAGCAGUGGGAGCUGGUGCCCAUCGAGGUGUUCGAGGCACGGCAGGUGAAGGCCAGCUUCAAGAAGCUGCUGAAGGCCUGUGUCCCAGGCUGUCCCGCUACCGAGCCUGGCCCAGCUUCCUUCCUGCGCUCGCUGGAGGACUCUGAGUGGCUAAUCCAGAUCCACAGGCUGCUGCAGGUGUCGGUGCUGGUGGUGGAGCUGCUGGAUUCGGGCUCCUCCGUCCUGGUGAGCCUGGAGGACGGCUGGGACAUCACCACGCAGGUGGUGUCCCUGGUGCAGCUGCUCUCGGACCCCUUCUACCGCACCCUGGAGGGCUUCCGGCUGCUGGUGGAGAAGGAGUGGCUGUCCUUCGGCCAUCGCUUCAGCCACCGCGGGGCCCACACGCUGGCGGGGCAGAGCAGUGGCUUCACGCCGGUCUUCCUGCAGUUCCUGGACUGCGUGUACCAGAUCCACCUGCAGUUCCCCAUGGAAUUCGAGUUCAGCCCGUUCUACCUCAAGUUCCUCGGCUACCACCACGCGUCCCGCCGCUUCCGGACCUUCCUGCUCGACUCCGACUAUGAACGCAUCGAGCUGGGGCUGCUGUACGAGGAGAAGGGCGAGCGCCGCGCCCCGCAGGCCUGCCGGUCGGUGUGGGAGUACGCGGAGCGGCUGAGCAAGCGGGCGCCCGUCUUCUACAACUACAUGUACGCGCCCGAGGACGCCGAGGUCCUGCGGCCCUACAGCAACGUGUCCAACCUGAAGGUGUGGGACUUCUACACCGAGGAGACGCUGGCCGAGGGCCCCCCCUACGACUGGGAGCUGGCACAGGGGCCCCCGGAGCCCCCGGAGGAGGAGCGGCCCGACGCGGGCGCCCCGCAGAGCCGGCGCCGGGUGGUGUGGCCCUGCUACGACAGCCGCCCCCGAGCCCAGCCCGACGCCAUCUCCCGGCUGCUGGAGGAGCUGCAGCGGCUGGAGACAGAGCUGGGCCGACCCCCUGAGCGCUGGAAGGAUGCCUGGGAUCGAGUGAAAGCUGCCCAGCGCCUGGAAGGCCGGCCAGAUGGACGUGGCACCCCCAGCUCCCUGUUGGCGUCCAGUGUGCCCCACCACCGCCGCUCGCUUGGCGUGUACCUGCAGGAGGGACCUGUGGGCUCCACGCUGAGCCUCAGCCUGGACAGUGACCAGAGCAGUGGCUCAACUGCAUCCGGCUCCCGCCAGGCAGCCCGCCGUAGUACCAGCACCCUGUACAGCCAGUUCCAGACAGCCGAGAGUGAGAACAGGUCCUAUGAGGGCACCCUCUACAAGAAGGGGGCCUUCAUGAAGCCCUGGAAGGCCCGCUGGUUUGUGCUGGACAAGACCAAGCACCAGCUGCGCUACUACGACCACCGCGUGGACACGGAGUGCAAGGGGGUCAUUGACCUGGCGGAGGUGGAGGCCGUGGCGCCCGGCACGCCCACCAUGGGUGCCCCCAAGACGGUGGACGAGAAGGCCUUCUUUGACGUGAAGACGACGCGUCGCGUUUACAACUUCUGUGCCCAGGACGUGCCGUCAGCCCAGCAGUGGGUGGACCAGAUCCAGAGCUGCCUGUCGGACGCCUGAGCCCGGCCCUACUCGCCGCUGCUCGGCGUCCGUCGUUCCGACCACUAGGGGUGGGCAGGGCCCCCCGGCCAUGUUUACAGCACCCCCCCCCCCAGCCCGCGACAGUAUUGCGGCCCCGCCCCCAGCGCGUGUACAGCCCCCCCCCCG